AUGUCUGCUUCCGCCCAACAUGGCCCUCACUGUUGUGAGGGAGAUCCACGCACCAUUACAGCUAUCGAUUAUAUUAAUAACCAGUUGAGAUUGGAAAGAGAAGCUAAGGAGUUGAUGCCCUUCGAUCCCAACGUCUGCACUUUUAAUUUGGGUCCCAUAAGACAAUCUAUUUUUGCCUGUAUAACCUGUUUCAAAAGGAACAACAACCCGGCAGGCAUUUGCUACUCUUGUUCAAUCCAAUGUCACUCCUCGCAUGAUUUGGUUGAGCUCUUUGACAAACGAAGUUUUGUCUGUGAUUGUGGUACCAGGCGAAUGAGCUUGAAUGGUCCUUGCACCUUGCGUGAUAAAUCUGCAAAGUCAACCAAAUUGUCUUCGUUGGCUGAAAAUUCAACUCAAAGUCCCAAUGAAAAUCCAAUUUUACUAGGUGAAGACAUCCCUUCUUCCACCAACAUCUAUAACCAAAAUUUUGAAGGGAAGUUUUGUUCCUGCAAUCAGUUAUACAAUCCUUUCGAGGAAACAAGUGUAAUGCUUCAAUGUUAUUUCGGUAUUGCAUGCGAUGAAGAUUGGUAUCACAAUGACUGUUUAAUGGGUUUUAAACAAGGCUCAAUUCAAAAAACAAAACCACCAAAGAAAACUGAUGAUAAAGACGACUCAGAUGUAAUCAAUAUAUCUGAUUCUGAUGAUGAUAUCAAUACUCUACCUGGCUUCCCAGAUAUCGACUCAUUCGAUCAUCUUAUAUGCUGGAAAUGUGUUCAAUCUUUUCAAAAGAUUUUUGAUGAAUUAAUCGACCAUGAUAAUAUUGUCUUGGAUAAAAUUUACUAUAUUCAAUCAAACUCAAUUGAAGAUAGACUACAAAAAUUAAAUUCGCUAAAUAUUACAAAUGCUAAUAUUAAUACUAAUACUAAUACUAAUACUAAAACAGAUUCACAACCAAGCAUGAAAAAAAGAAAAAUUGAUCCUAAAAUUUACCCAUACUCAAUCUGUUUGAAAAAAAAUUUCAGGCAGAAAUUAAAAUUUUUAUUAAAUGAUGAUUCUCCCAAUAAAAUUUCAACUGAUUUGAAAAACUUCUUAAUUGAAUACUCCUUUUUAUAUGAAGAUGACCCAAUUUAUCAGCCUCCGCCUGAAGAUUCAGAAAAUGAUAAUGAUAAUGAUAAUCACACUGAUAAUGGCGAUGAUGAUGAUCGAUCUUCUAUCUUCGAAUUAGGUACAAAGGCUUUAAAUACUUUACCAAGAGAAAAAGCAAUAGAAGGAAUCCAAGCUUAUGAAGACAUCAAAGAAAAAUUGAGAUCGUUUCUUAGACCUUUUGCACAGGAAGGUAAAAUUGUAACUGAAAAAGAAGUUCGAGAUUUUUUCACAAAAGUUAAAAAUGAUAAAAAAUCAAUCUAA